AACACAGGAUAAAGAGAUCAGGCCAGCUCAAGGCAGGGUCCGCGUGGUACGACAAAGACGGGGAGGAACCCUCCCACCCUAGCCCCGCAAACCCCUGGGGAGACCUGGCCGGAGAGCAGCAUGGAGGAGCAGCCCCUGGAGCCGGCAUGGAUGAGGACAGGGAAGUGCCCAGACACACAGGGCAAGAAGGCACACCAGGCAGAUUGGGUCUUUUCUCCUGCUGUGUGCACACGCCACCUAUGUGACUGGGUGUUUGUGCAUCUGAUGUGUGUGUGCAUGCACCUGGAUGUGCGUGUGUGUGUGUGUGUAUGAGCGUGCACACUCCCACACCUGUCCACGUGCCUGUGUGUUGGGGCAGAGAAGAAUAUGCACCCGAGAGCUUCCACCUCAGUGUGCAAGGAAGAGGUGUAUCUGCACAUACUGGCCAGGUGUGAGCUCUGGGUACCACGUGUGCUGGACUCAGAGGUGGGGGGCAUGUUAGUGCUGCUGCAGCAGCUUUGAGAAGGGGUGACAGUGCCCCCACCUAGCUCUCAUGACCCAGCCGCCUGCUCAGUGAAGCAGAGGGCCUGGCCCAGCACACAUCACACUUGCAUCUCUCUGCUGUCCAGGGUGCUCAGAAGUGACCUCCCUGCCAGGCGCGGCUAUGAGCAACUCCACCGAGACCUUGGUGACAGAGUUCAUUUUGCUGGGCUUCCCAGAGCUGUGCCAUCUGCAGGCCCUGCUGUUCGGGUCAUUCCUCACUAUCUAUGUGGUGACUGUCCUGGAGCACCUGGUCAUUGUGGUGACUGUCGGAGCCAGCUGCCAACUGCACACACCCAUGUACUUCUUCCUGGCCAACCUGUCGGUGCUGGAGACCCUGUACACCUCAGUCACCAUCCCCAAGCUGCUGGCCGGCCUCCUGGCUUGGGCGAGGACCAUCUCCUUCUCAGGGUGCCUCACCCAGCUGUUCCUCUUCCUCUCCCUGGGCUCCUCUGAGUGCUUCCUCUUGGCUACCAUGGCCUGUGACCGGUACCUGGCCAUCUGUUGCCCACUGCACUAUGCGGCCAUCAUGGACUGGAGGCUCUGCCUGAGCCUGGCCCUUAGCGCCUGGCUGGGUGGCUUCCUGGCCUCCUUCGUGUCCACGGCUCUCAUCUCCCGCCUCAGGUUCUGCGGCCCCAAUGUCCUCAACCACUUCUUCUGUGACAUCUCACCCCUGCUGCAGCUCUCCUGCUCAGACACCACCACCAUCGAAGUGCUGGACUUCAUAGCAGCCCUGGCUGUGCUCACAACCUCCCUGCUGGUGACCAUGGUCUCCUAUGCCCGCAUCCUGGCCACAGUGCUGAGGAUCUCAGGAAGGGCCGGCCGCCAGAAGGCCUUCUCCACCUGUGCUUCCCACCUGGUGGUCGUGGCCAUCUUCUACACCACCACCAUCUUCAUGUAUGCCCGGCCUCGCGCCAUCAGCUCCUUUGACCUCAACAAGCUGGUGUCCGUGGUCUAUUCGGUUGUGACCCCACUGCUCAACCCCAUCAUCUACUGCCUGCGGAACCGUGACAUCAGGGAGGCCCUGGCCAAACUCCACCGGACCCCUGGCCGCUCCUGAGCACCAGCAGCAGGAGAAUUUCAAAGCCCUCCUCUGCCAUCUGCUCACGAACAUCAGCCCACACCAGGCAGGCCAUGGCCCCCUCCCACCCGCGCACACAGCCAGCUCCUCUCCUCCCCUCACCCUGGGACGGGAGCACAGUGGCAGCAGCUGAAGCUCCAAAGGCUCUUGCCGCCUCUCCAGGGAGCUUCAGCACCGGAGCAGGGGACAGCUCCUGAGCAGCGGGGAGCUUGAUCUCCAGCUCCCGGGAAGGUCCCACUCCACCUCGGACCUGGUCAGUCUCUGUGGUGGCCAGCCCCUCUGCCUGGCCCUCCUGGGCCCCAUGUGCCCCGCCCCUGCGCCCACUUGGAUGGCCUCCUUUGCCUGAGAUCCCAGCUCCUCGGAGUGGAACCUGCAGCCACCCUCAGCUGGCCGGUGGACUCAGGCUUCCCGGCAGGUCCGGCGGCACUAGUAGCACCUGCCACUUCCCUCAGAAACAAGAAUGUUUUUCAUCCAAAGCCUGACGGGCCCAGUGAGCAGGUGGCACCCCCUCCCUGACCUGCCGCCCCGCUUCUCCCCUGGCACUUGGGGGCAGAAGCCGGGUUAAUCCAGCACGGCCCUUCUUCCUGGCUGUCCCGACCUCACCGUUGCCCACACACCCCAAGCCCCCUCCCUCCCCCCGCACCAGCGCCUAGUGCUCAGCGUGCCUCCCGGGAGGAGGACUUGUGUUUUGUCAGCAGAUGCGUUGUGUUCCUGGUGGGUGUGCUUUAACCCACAUAAAUGAUUCUGUGCUGUGAGUCUCUUUCACACUAUUUUCCUUUCUGUAUUUUGAGGUUAUGUCUUUAGGUGCAUGACAUUUAGAAUUGUUCUAUCACCUUGUAAAUUAAACCUUUUAUUGCUAAGAAGUGUCUCCAGUACUAUCUUCUGCUUAAUCUUCUAGGUUUAGGCCACUGUGUCUGUCGCUGACACAGCUGCAUCAGCUUCCUUCUAGUCCUGUACGAAUGACACUGACUUUGAUCUGCCCUG